AUGGCGAAUGGACAGAUAGUUUCUUUCGGGCCACAUGGUGGUAACGGAGGACAUUCAUGGAAUGAUGGAACCUACAACACAGUAAGAGAAAUAAACAUACAUGUUGGAGUGGAUGAGAUUAAAUCCAUCCAAAUUAUCUAUGAUGUGGAUGGAAAGGCAGUGUCGGGAAAAAAGCAUGGUACCACUACAGCAACUCUAAAGACGGUGACAUUAAACUAUCCUACGGAGUACCUCAUUUCGAUAUCGGGAUACCAUAGUGCUAAAUUUUCUGUUGUUAAUUGUCUUACACUAGAAAGCAAUAUACAGAAAUAUGGACCAUAUGGUAUCGAAAAAGGCACUCGUUUUGAGUCCCGGUUAGAUGCUGGCAAGAUUGUUGGAUUCUUUGGAAGGGAGGGUACUGUUGUGGAUUCAAUUGGAGUACACAUUACGCCAUUCCAAACUACAGUACCUAGUGUUGGUCCAUUUGGAACUACUGGUGGACAGCAGUGGGAUGAUGGAACUUACAAGAAGGUAAGGGAAUUGAUUAUAUACUCUGGAUGGGUAAUUGAUUCCAUCCAAUUUGUCUAUGAUGAUAAGAACGGAAAUCCAGUAACAGGAGCAAAGCAUGGUGCUGACGGCGGACAACAAAACACGGUCAAAUUAGACACCGAUGAAUUUUUACUUUCAUUUUGGGGGUACUAUGGACAAGUGGAUAAAAUGGUUAUUAUACGGUCGCUUGGAUUUCUAAGUAACAAAAGAAUAUAUGGACCGUUUGGCGUGGAGGAUGGAGAAAAAUUUGAAUUUCAAUCCACUGGUGGCAAUAUCAUCGGAUUCCAUGGAAGGUCUCACAAGUAUCUUACUGCAAUUGGAGCAUAUCUCGACAAGUGA